CGAACACACUCGCGCUGCAUCCUUUCCCUGGACCUCGAAACAACAACCCAGCUCCAGAAUGAAGGCCUUUGCUGCUUGUGUCACCGCGGUGGCGGCGCUGGACUGCGCGUCUGGCUUCGUGGCGCCCGUGGUGACCUCUAGCUUCGCCAGCUCUUCGCUGAGCCGCACCUCCGCUCGAUCGCGCGCCCCCGGAGUGCUACGUAUGUCUUCUGCAGUGUCUACUGACGCGAAGGUGGCGGCUUUGCGAGAGUGCAAGAAGGAGCUCGCGGGCAUGAUCGACAAGACCAACUCGCACCCUAUCAUGAUCCGACUUGCGUGGCACGACGCCGGGACGUACAACAAGGACAGCACCGAGGGUUGGCCGAGGCAGGGGGGAGCUAACGGGUCCAUCCGCUUCGAGCCGGAGAUCAACCACGGCGCUAACGCCGGCCUGACCACGGCCCUGAAGCUCCUCACGCCGAUCAAGAAGAAGUUCGAGGAGGUUGGCUGGGCGGACCUCAUGCAGCUCGCCUCUGCAACGGCUGUCGAAGUCGCCGGGGGACCCGUGAUCGACAUGAAGUACGGCCGCAAGGACGCGGUAGCACCGGAGGACUGCGUGGACGAGGGAUAUCUCCCCGCCGGAAACAAGCCUUUCCCGGACGCCGACAACGCCCAGGACCACUUGCGAAACGUGUUCUACCGCAUGGGUUUCGGUGACGAGGGGAUCGUUGCUCUGUCCGGGGCCCACACGCUGGGGCGUGCCUUCAAGGACCGCAGCGGGGAGGGAGCGGAGUCUACGAAGUUCACCUCCGGCGACCACAUCGCCCGUGGGGACGGCAAGGCCGGCUUCGGGCGCAAGGGCGGGAGCUCGUGGACGGAGAAGUGGCUUAAGUUCGACAACAGCUACUACGCAACGGUACCCGACGAGGCGUCUGACCCCGAGCUGCUGAAGCUGGGCACCGACAAGUCCCUGUUCGACGACGAGGGCUUCCUCCCCUUCGCCCAGAAGUACAGGGACAGCGAGGAGGCGUUCUUCGAGGACUACAAGAAGGCGCACAAGCAGCUCGCGGAGCUCGGCGUAGAGUGGGAGGUCGAGGGUGGCAUCUCGAUCUAAACCGUACACCUUUCACAAUCACAUUUUAAUCUGCUUUUUUCUGUUGUGGGGUACGGUUCCAACGGCACACCACGUCGUAGAUUUGAGAAACUGGUGAAAAUCAUGCGUCACGUGUUGAAUCGCCUACGCACCGUUGACCAUGGAAGAGGCGAGGUAUAGAGUAGUAGUGUGAAAAGCGCCGGUUAGAAAGAAGCGCGCUCCCCUACGCGAUGUGACGUUUUCAUUUGUGAGUUUUGGCUGGAGUGUGACGGGAUGGGAAUGGGAAGCGGUGUCGUGCCAACAUGUUUUGCAAUAUAUAAGGAUACUUUUUCUUGGUUUGUGGGCGUUCGCUUACUUAGUACGUGGAUUCUCUGAUCGCUGAGGUCGUUGCCAUUCUCUCGUUUGACGCCUGUGUUCCUGGAUGGUGGCUUUCAUCUGGACUAUCUCGGCAGCGGCAUCAUCAUCGGGUAUGAGUAUGAAGAUUUUCUUUUCACCUUGUAGAUCGGCUGCGUCUGCAUGCAGCUUGUGGUAUGUUUUCCGGAACACGCGUGUGUGCUAAGUUUUCCCUCAGAGCAUUCUUUGUGCGGCAGCCCGCUCGACGUUUAAUGGAGGUGGCAUGGCAAGUGGGGGUGUGGGGGGCGAGGACCCAGGUCGAUGCGCGUCUCUCCUUUGAUGAUGACCGUUACACGGUCUGGUGUCGGUUGGACAAGAAACUCACUCGUCCGCGCUGGCUUGACAGAUACAGGUCUCGUGUGGUUUUGUGUUCACUGUUGGGUCGUGGUCUGAGAUGUGGAUCAUUAUCCAGAUUAUGUCUUCCAUCUACGCUCUUGCUCCUUUCCAAGGGAUUAGGCGUGGGAAGAGGGGGCCACCCGUUAGUCUCGCCGCUAUUUCUUCCUCGUCCGCCCAUCGUAUCAUAGGGUUGGGUGGUUUUCCACGGAGAAAUAAAAAUAGGAGGGAGUCCUAGGGGGCGAGGAUAUCAACGUGGUACUUAGCCAGCCCGUAUGUCAUGCACGCUAUUCGCCUUUGAGGCAAGGUAGUCAGUUGCUGGAUGGUGUCGAGUGCGUCGCCGCAACCAGCGGGAACAUGACACACACCCGCGACACGCCAGGUGUUGUCCUUCUUGAGUUGAAUUUACUGGUGCAACCGUUUGAACCCCGUUUUUUUUUCAAGACCCAACGCCGGUCGACACGUCCGAUUUACACCGAAAAGUGUAGAGGCUGAUGCCGAAAUGGAUGGAUGAACCGAAAACACACACGACACAUGACGUGUAGGUGGGGGAAGCGCCUAGACGGCUGAAAUCAAAGGGGAGGAAACCGGGGGACACGGCGGUCUUGCCGAAGCGGGGGACUGACAUUUUUGUCGUCGUGUCGUGGGCGUGGCAGGAAGGGGAGGCCCACCGUAUUCGUUUUUUUUUUUUUUUCACAAAAUGGAGGGCAGGACUGAUUUCCUUUUUACGAUUGGGUGGACUGCAGGAGACUUGGCCUUCAUGUAGAUCGAUCCCAUCAUCCCCACAUGGCACGAAGCAGGAUGAUGAUGCUGCUUGGUGGAGAAGGAUACAGUGGCGAUCAACCCCCGCCGGCGAAGCGAAAUAACAGCGACCGGAAACGACUGGCGUGGUGGUGAAGUGAAACAUCCAGCGCAUGAGAGCGCGUGUAUGCGCUCCGAAAAAUAUGUUGGUGGGCAAACAAACGUGAGAGAAGCAGUGCUCGAAGCCGCAGAUAACUGCCCACAUUGACAGCUU